UCUAUACACACUUUAUUCUCUUUUUUAAUAUAUUUUUCUCACUUCUAUGUGGACAGGUUGAGCCAAUAAGGUUAAAAGACUUGCUCAAGAGGCCCAGCUUGGUGGUGCUGGGGCUCAAAUCUCUGGCCCUCCAAUCAGUAGCCCUGAACCUUGACCCAUUGAGCCAACACUGUCCUUAUUUAUACAUACAUACCAUGUUGAUGGGUUUUAUCUUCUUUCCAAUACAGUAUUUAGGAAAGUGGUAUUAUGUUGGAGUGGCUUCAUGGGAUGAUGAGGAUAUUGAAAGCUAUAAGUCAGUGGAUAAUUCAGUUGUUGAACUGAAGAAAAGUGGAAACAACACUCUGAUUAUGGCUGCAGCAUUGCAUCAGGAAGAUAAGUGUCUCAACACGGCCUGGACUUACAAUAUUGAUCCAGAUAUCGAUCCAUUCUUGACAGAGGGUCCGGCAGAAAAUCUUGGCGUGUUCUUGGAUGGAGAUUGGAUACAAUGCCCCUCCUGCCUGAUUGUUGCCAAGUUUCAUACUGAAAGCAACUUUUUCAGAGUCAUGUUAUUUGCACGAUCCGAGAACUUAUCAGACAGCUUGGUGAAAAACUUUCAGUCAAAACUGGGAUGCUUUUAUGUUAUUGAUAAGUUUAUAAUAUCUCCACGGACAAAAGAGUUCUGUAAACUGGAAGGAACUGCCUGAGCAGGUGAUGAGAUGAUCUGAGAGCAGCUUGCUGACAACUCAUACUUUACUCGCCUACGAUGAAGAGACUUCACCAUGUACAAGAUGAAGAUCCCCUACAGGAGAACCUGAGCUGUGU